UUUUAAGGAAAGAAUAAUAAAGUGAUUGUACUCCGAAAGUUUCCUGACCAAAUCUUUUUUGAAAAUUGCCAGUGUUUUGUGUUUAAAUGUUAGAAGAAUGAAACCAACCAUGAUGUCCAAUUGGCCCGGCUUCAUCAACCGCUUUGUACGCCAAGUCAGGCAUCCGUUGGACUUCAGGCGUCCCUACCGGAUUACCGGAUUCCCGGAUAAUCUUUCUCCCUUGGGAUAUUUCGGUCAGACUAAGCAGUACGCUCGAGCUGCCCAGGAACCGUACCUGGUCACGGUGGUGCAGGGCAGAUCGAAGAAGCCCUGUUCUCCGCGGGAAAGGGCGAACCGAAGAUUCGGGGAGGACAGCUGGUUUGUGAGCUCUACGCCCCGGGCAGAGGUGCUGGGCGUGGCCGAUGGCGUGGGCGGCUGGCGGGAUAUGGGUGUGGACGCGGGACGCUUCGCCAAGGAGCUGAUGGGCUGCUGUUGCGGUCGCUCCGAGCAGGAGGACUUCGAUGGCCGCAAUCCACGAAGCCUGCUCGUCUCCAGUUACCAAGAGCUGAAGGACCGCGACGAUCCAGUGGUGGGCAGUAGCACCGCUUGCGUGGUGGCCAUGCACCGAAGGGACCUCACCUUGUACACGGCCAACUUGGGCGACAGUGGCUUCAUGGUGCUGAGGAAUGGGCGGGUGAUGCACCGUUCCGAGGAGCAGACGCAUGACUUCAACACCCCCUUUCAGUUAACUGUGGCUCCCAGCCACAAGCUGGACUCUGUCCACUGCGAUGGCCCGGAAAAGGCUGCCGUCUCGCGACAUCCCCUGGCUCCGGGCGACCUGGUGCUCCUGGCCACCGACGGACUCUUCGACAAUUUGCCAGAGAGUAUGCUCCUAGAGAUGCUUAGAAAGUUUCAUGGCGUGCGGGACGAAAAGGAGCUGCAGGACGCCGCCAACCAGGUAGUGGAGAAGGCACGGGAACUGUCCAUGAAUGCCAGUUUCCCGUCCCCGUUCGCCGUCAAGGCUAGGGCCAAUAAUAUAUCGUAUUCUGGCGGCGGCAAGCCAGACGAUAUUACCCUGAUCUUGGCCAGUGUAGAGGUGCCAAAAGUUCAUCGUUAAGGAAACAAAUUUCAGGUGUUGCCAGUAAAUAUUUUUGUGUGUCUAUCUAGAAUGUCAAGUGAUAAAAUGUCUCAAGUAUAUGUAUUAAAAAAUUAAAAGGGGUUGGCAAGAAUA